AUGCCAACCAUCUCAGCCGAUACUCUUGACCAUUCUGUGGACACAUCCCGUGACUACUUCAGCAAACCUUCUGACACUGACCACUACCGCAAGCAGAAGCGUAUCAAAGAUGCGUUUAUCGAAGGUGCCACAAACAGACUUCGUCGCUGUCGUCUUGAAGGAGAAAUGAAGGAAAUGAAGCCCGUUGUCAUUUCCCUCUUCGACAGCAUAUUGUCUCUGAAAUUAGAAGCAGAGGCCAUAAUCGACGCAAUCUCAAAGAUUGAGCAGGAAGAAGACUCCCUUGUCGACUCCAAUGUCGACUAUAGAGUAAAUGAGAACCAGAAACACAACCAGAAGCUAGACGUUCUUGAGCUUCGUCUCCAGGCCCACAAACUUCAUCUUGACAUCUUCAAGUCUGUAGAUAUACAACAUUACGAAACUCAACAACAGGAAAAGCAGCAGCAGCAGCAACAGGAGAAGCAAAUCAUUCCAGCUCAUGUUGCUGCUCCAGUGCCAACCCCCUCUGUAUCUAGAAUCACAUCUUUUUCCACUCUGUUCAGCAGAGCCCCAAGUGUCGCCACAAGCGCCAGCAGUGUCACAAGUUCAAGCACCAUCUCGACUGCAAGUGACAAUGAAGAUCUUGUUUCAACUCAAGAUUGCCCUGUCUCUGCCGAAGAGGAGCAGCAACGCAGACACCGUCGCCGCAGAAGAGUCCGACGAGUCCGCCAGCAACACCAGGAACGAGUCAGACUCGACAACGAAGAUACCAUGGCUACCGAGCUCGAGUGGAAGCCAAAGUACUGGCCUGUUGAAAAGAAUCAGAUCCAGGAAUCUGCUCAUUAUGAGCCCAACAUGGCCACCGACAACUACAGAUCAACCCGCCUCGGUCGCCAGCACCGUUCCGAGUCCAUUUCGUCUCUGUCAGAUAUCUCGCUCUCUUCAUCUUCCUCAUUCUCAAACCCACGAGGCCUAGAGGACCUUGAUGAGCUCUGUUUGCUCUACAAACCCUCCAGACCUUCUCAGCCACACCACCCUCUCUCCCCCGCAUCCUCCUUCAAUCUCGGCCAACGCCCUACCUCUUACAUCUACCCAGAGGACGACGACAUGUGCUCUCUUGGAGAUUCCAAGCCCUACCGCCAAUUGAUCUUUGACCCUCCAUGCAACAAGAGAGAUGAAUAUGAUGACUAUGAAGACGAAGAAGAAGGCGAAGGCGAAGGAGGUGACUACGGUUACCCCACACAUGUCAAGAUUCUAGAGGAAAUCGAAAACAUUGCCAACGAUGACACUGAAUAUGACAGCGAUCUGAUGGAAGACAUCCUCAAUAUCCUUAAUAACCCCGAGUUCAGUGGCCGAUCAUUUGCCGAGAUCAAGGACACUGUGGUAGCCAUGCGCCAGUCAUCAGUCCAGAUCUAUCCCUCCCCGUUUUCCCCAUCUUCCUGGCUCGAGCACGGCAAGAAGCAGUCAAUCGAGAUUGCCAACAAUGCUGUGGGAUCAAGCUGGAAAUGGUGUAAAUUCCUAAGCAUCCUUUCUGCCUCGGUUAUGGUCAGUUUGGCAAACGGACCUCAAGACAUCUCUAGAGCCUAA